GAAGCACAGCGGAGCGUCCCCACACAGUCACACAGAGUCUGAAUAUUGUGCUACUUUUGAAGAGACUAGUGUUAGGCACGUGUGCUAUCUCUUUGCUCGAGUUACAUUUUUAGUAAAUUUGGAGCAGUUAAUAAUAAUCCUGUCCUGUUGUUGAAUCGUUUUGUUCUUAAAAGGGAGUAGAAAUGAGCAUAUUUCACACAUAGUGGCAAAUGGUGAAUAAGCAUGAUUAAUUAAUUUGAAAACUGGGAUUCAUUUGAUUAAAGUGUUUAAUCAUUUGACAGCCCUAAUAAAUACGAGUUAUACACUCACUAGUACACUUACAGUCAAAUGAGAUCAAGCAAUAAAAUAAUUUUGCCUUUACAAAGUGCACUGGAUCACACGGACACUUGUGUGUAAUAUGUUAAUAUUAAUCACUUCAGCUGCAUGUUAUAACGAGCUGCAGUCAUACAAGCACAAAAAGCAUUACUACCUCUCUGACUGCCAAUCAAAAGUGAGCAUUAUCUUUGUAAAGUUUCUCUUAGAAGUGUGUGUACCUGACGAAGUGGGUGUAAAAAUAAUUUUAAAAAAAGAAGCAACCAAUAAUCGACAAUGGUUUUACGAUGUGAAAGUAUCAGGUCAUAUUUGAUCCUGAGAGCAGCCGCACAGCUGCAGUGUGGACCGCCCACUCCCACGUUAGAUGUUUUAUUAGCUGCGCUCGAUCUGCGUGGCAAAAAGACAGGACCUCGCUUUGAGUUGGAUUGGACUUUACAAGCAUUUUGGUGGAAGGCAGCAUUUGAAAUGAGAGCGUGGACAGAUGGUCCCACUGUGUCCACGCCGGAGUGGCUUGUUGUUACAAUGUGACAUUCUGACGCUGCAAAGAAGCCCGCAGGAGCGAGCUCAAAAGUCCAAGCGCUGUCUUGCGUCUCAAGGCGAGAAUAUCGGUGAGGGUUUCCUGCGUGGGCUUGAGGACACUUGACAUGCAGCGUGGGUUCCGUGUCCUGCUGGCGGCACUGCUGCUUCUCCACACCGCGGUGGGUGGCCGGGUGAGGAAGAAGGUCCCGCGGACGCGCUCGUGUUUGGACCUUCCUGAGGAGAUCCUGGAGCAGAUGUUCGGGCGUCUCUCUGUCGGAGUGCUGAGCGCCUUCCACCACGCCCUGCAGCUGGAGCCCCGGGACAAAGUCAACCUGAACUGCCCCAGCACUGCGCGGUCCGCGCCGGCCGAAAGCAAGAGCCGCCUGCCUGUCAACCUGCUCAGCGUCUCGCCCUGGGCAUACAGGAUCUCUUACGACCCAACCAGAUACCCGCGCCACAUCCCAGAGGCUUACUGCCUGUGUAAGGGAUGUCUGACCGGACCUGAGCGCCAGGAGAGCGAUCAGUACCGCAGCACGCCCGUCUACGCUCCCUCCGUCAUACUCAGGAGGUCCGGAUCCUGUGUCGGCGGCCGCCACUCCUACUCCGAGGUGUACGUUUCCAUCGCUGUGGGUUGCACGUGCGUGCCUCUUCUGGACAAAGACAGGAUCGUCCGGAACGGCAACCAGAGCCUGGAGUCUUGGAGAACAGAGUCCAAAGCUGGCGGGUCCUUCUCUGCAGCAGGAAGCAAGCGAGUGGGAUGAAGAUAAGUCCGUUUUGAUGAUCUCAUCAUCACAUAAUGAAGUAUAAUGUGAAAGUUAGAGUAAAUAUUCAGCCUUCACAAAGAUAAUGUUCCUCUUUGGUUGACACUGUCUGAAAGGUAUUCAUUUGUUUAUUAUUGUGCAUUGCAUUGUCGUUUGCAACUGCUGUUUCUAAUAUUUUGGUCAGUGUGUUAUAAUUCACUUUUCUGUAACCAUGUGAAAGGGACAUCAAUUAAAUAAGCAGACUUUUAAACAAAUCCAUCCU